GGUAAAGAACAGCUGAACCUGGCUGAACCAGUGCGAUUAAGGGGAUUCGAAGAAGAGAUAGAAUUCGAACACCGGCCUGUGUUUGGUCUUUUCGCGCAUUAAUAAGAUAAGUCGGAGUCUGACAACGCUGUUAAGUGUACUUCCCCCUGGAGAGUGUAGCUUAGAGACGGGGCAGGUUUAGCUAAAGCGAGCUUGUUUUCCAGCCAGAAAUAACUCGCCUCUGUUCUCGCGCACACAAGUGGAGUCGGAGUGAAGUGAACUACUGCUUUUACCCCGCUGUCUUUAUCCAAAUAUAUACAUCCUGGUCGUGUUUUAUAUUCUCUUUUCGUCAGGAUGCGUUAAGUUACAGAACUUAUCAUUCUCCUCACUGGUUUGGUUUGUUUAUUAGUUAGUUAGUUUGUGUAGCUAGCUAACUAACGGUUUAAAAACCCCCCAAGCUGUGUUGCGCGAGGCAACCUGAGAAAUUGAACGCAACUUCGACGAAAAUAGUCCACUUCUAAGGUAGGACAAUUUCAGUAACUUUAUACCCAAAUAUUCUUUAGUAAUAUGAUUCGGCAGUCCGAGGCAUUGAUGCUAGUUUUGCUGUGUGCCGCUGCUACAGCCGAGUCUGUGAAACAAUAACAAAUCAUUUAAAUCCCGACUCAUUUCCUGAAGACACGCACUCGUCUAACCGCACUUCUCUAACCCCUGGGAAGCUCGAGUUAAACCGCUCGUCUUGCUCCUCGCAGGGUUUCACCACCUAGACAGCUCUAUAAAGUUGAUCCGUGAACAAGUCAACAGCGCUGAUGAGCAUCAGGAGUAGGUGAAGAAGUCCUCCGUUAACGCUGCUGCUGCUGCUGCUGCUGCUGCUUUCUGACACCUGCACUACACACCGCAGAAAUUCAAGGAAGUUCUGCGCAGAAGAUAUCGAACGGGUUUUAAAGUUGUGAUCAGAGAGCGAUGUGGAUGCUGUUCAACUGAGCACCAUGGGAGGAUGUGUGGGGAGAGAGCGCCCGGAGUCUCAAGGCUCGUCUCGCCGAGGAAGGGGCCAGAGAAAGCGUGGAGCCCGUAACGAACCUCUGAAGAAGGAUAAGCCCAGGUGGAAGAGCGAAUACCCCAUGACAGAAGGCCAGCUGCGCAGCAAGAGGGAUGAGUUCUGGGACACGGCACCGGCUUUUGAGGGCCGCAAGGAAAUUUGGGAUGCCUUAAAAGCGGCUGCUGUGGCCCUGGAAUGCAACGACCAUGACCUAGCUCAGGCUAUACUGGAUGGAGCCAGCAUCACACUACCACACGGAUCCCUGACCGAGUGCUACGAUGAACUGGGCAAUCGCUACCAGCUACCCGUCUACUGCUUGGCACCACCCGUCAACCUGAUCACUGAGAGGAGUGAAGAGGAAUCCGUGUCGGAAAACGCAGACGCACAGACGGCCCCCAAGAAGGAGUUCCAGCUCAAGGUGCGCCUCUCGACAGGCACGGACGUACGUCUCAGCGCCAGCAUGGCUGAUCCAGUGGGCCUGCUGAAAAAGCAGCUGCAGGCCCAAGAGGGCAUCGAAGUGGCACGUCAGCGCUGGUUCUUCUCCGGCAAACUGCUCACGGACAAGACGCGCCUUCAGGACACCAAGAUCCAGAAAGACUUUGUCGUCCAGGUCAUUGUGAACCCGUCCGACUAAUCAAGCCAGACAGGAAGGAAUGGCGCAGAGAACACGGGAAGCGUGGAUGGCUGUUCUUCUGUGCUUUCUUUUUUUCAGGGAAAUAAAAAUCACUGAAAAGCAACAAUAAGAGAAGAAAGAGACAGCCAGCAUACGAUGCUUCCCGUGCACUCCGCUACAUGAAAAGCAUGUUUUCUCUGCCCAUCUCGUCUUUUUGCUUUUACUUAGGAAAAUGUUAGUUAAGAAGAAAGACGAAAGAGGGAAGACGGACGUCAUGUGCUGCUUUAAUCCUCUAUUACAUAAAUGUCAUUGUUUAGAUUCUGACCAUCACUGUACCUUGCUGGACCCAUGAGCUGGUUCUUUUUCAUGUGGACAGACUUGCUGACGAUGAAACCCAGUGAAAGUAAAAGUGAAUUUGAGACCUCCACUUCAGAGCCUCAUUGAAACUGACCUGAUGAAAAGUGAUUGUUGAGAGAAAGGGUAAACUGGCUAUUGAUCUGAAAGAGUGAUGUCUAUGCUUGCUUGAGCAAAGUGCCAAUAUAAGUGGGGCUUUAAAAAAAAAAAAAAGGAAAAAAAAGACGCCCAUAAUCUUUUGACUGUGAUUCUAGAAAGGCCUAAUGUUCAUAGGAUUGAGUCGACCCAUACCUCAGCGCUCCUGCUCCAGAUGAUAUCUCAAGGCUUUUAUUUCUUCUUUCAAUGUACUUGCAUUUCUGUUUUUAGAAUACAGGAACGUGAGCUUCAUUUGCACACUUACUUGUUCGUUGUAAGCGUCUACGUGUAUCGUGCGCCUUUUACAGGACAAAAAAAAAAAACUAUUCUUAUAUGCUGAUUUGUUCUUGAUGUGUGCCUGUGUGUUGGCUCUAAGGCCAACAUCUUCAAUAUGAAAUCUUUUUUUUUUGUGCGUUUGUCUUUUUAAAUAGUGGCUGGCCCCACAAACUUGUAUCCCAUUGGAAAUUCUGAGCAAAGGCACAACUUUUCUAUGCAAUUUCUGUUUGUAUAAACUACAAAGAUAACCAUUUCAGUUCACUAGAUUGCCUAGACAGCCUCUUGUAGGCUGUGUGUAUGUCUCUACUUGAUGCAUAGAUAUAUAUUUUAAUGUAUGCUUUGUGAAAAAGGAUCAGGUUAUUAAAUGUGAGUAUAAAUGCAGUCUGCAACACUCAAUAAAUAGAUUUAUGAAUGGGUUUCUCAUAAUGUAAUACAUCCUAGAGGCUGAUGAGCAGUAAAGGCUUUAUUAACAUAAUAAAACAUUACUACGAUGUGCA